AUGGUCGAAGUGCAGGAGGCGCUUGUCAUUGGCUAUCUUGUUGCUACUUUGCUUCUUAACUCUAGUCGUAUUCGUAAAGGUAUCCAUAGCGAUAUUCAAAGAAUUCUUGAUUCUCCUCAAAGACAAAGCUUUAAAAGGGGAAACGGAACUGGUUAAAUUAAUGUACGGAAUUCUAUAUGUCCAAAUGUUUCAAGGGUACCUUUCAGUCAAUGAUUUUGCAAAUGCUGUGGAAUGCGGUAGAGAGCUCUUGGUCUUUGCUAACGAAACUGGGGACAGAAAUCAAGAAGGGAUGGUGUACUUUAAAUUGGGGAAAUUGCACUAUCUCAACUGUAAAUAUCAAGAAGCAAAAUCGUUCUUUGAAAAGGCAGGGAAUAUCAACAUAGCAGCUGGAUCAGCAGUAAGUGAGGGAUCAUGCUACCUCAACUUAAGAGCUGUUCUAAAUUCCCUUAGUGAGAAUUUCGAGGCUAAAGAAUGUCUCGAAAAGGCACUUGCAAUAGCUGAAAAGCUUAACAAUGGACGAGGAGAAUCCCGCAGCUAUGGAAGCCUAGGAAAUGUAUUCAACUCUCUCGGUGAAUAUGCCAAGGCUAAAAAAUAUUACGAAAAAGCGCUUGCACUUCGACAGAAAACUGGAUUCAAGGAAAACGAAGCUCUCUGUUACGCAAACCUAGGAUCUGUGUGUAAUUUUCUUCGUCAACAUGACAAUGCUAAAGAACAUCUCGAAAGUGGUGACAGGAAGAGUCAAGCCUUUUGUUUCAAAAACCUCAGAAAUUUGUUGAAGUCUCAUGACAAUGCCAAAGCUAAAGAAUAUUAUAAAAAGGCGCCUGCAAUCACAAACGAUAUUGGCGACAAGUCGACAUAAACGAAGCCUCGUGUUAUCUAGCCUGGCCUGGGAACUGUGUUAUAUGAUCUCAGUGAACUGGCAAAAUCUAAAGAAUGUACCGAAAAAGCCCUCGCAACGGCAAAGGACAUUGGCAACAGGGAAAUAGAAGUCUCCUGUUACGGAAACUAGGAACUGUUUCUCAGACCCUCGCGGUGAAUAUGUAAAGGCUAAAGACUACUUCGAAAAAGCGCUUGCAAUUGCAAAAGAAACUGGUUACAAGAAAACCGAGGCUACAUCUUCGUUAUCUCUAGGAAUAUCGCUUAAAAGUGUCGGUGAGUACUCCAAGAGUGAAAAGCAUUUAGAGAAAGCGCUUCGUAUGACCAAAAAAAAAUGGGCGCCAGGAAUGAAGUAGCGUUAUUAGAAGGUUAACUCGGAAAUCUGUCUUCCUAUGCCAGUCAAAAGGUUCAAGAACGUUACGAAAACCACGUCAAGAUCGCAAAAGAAAGUGGUAGCGGGGAUAUUAUAGCGUCAGGUUAUCUAAACCUAGGAGAGUUGACAUGUGGACUUGGAGACUAUAGUAAACCUUUAUUUAACUAGGGUAAUCCCUUCAGAAUACUUAAAAGUAUAUCUGUUAUCAAUAGGAGCCCUAAAUUAAGACUAAUAAAAAAGUUCAAAAUAAAUAAUAAGAAACUAAGUAACUAUAAGUUAAUAAUAGUACAGUAUAACAAUUAAAAUCUAAUUCUUAUUUACUAAAUAAUCAUUAUACACAACUGAGCCAUUAUAAUAAAAACGUUUCUUGGCGGUCUCAGUUCUUACCGGAGGUAAGUACAUAAAAUUGCUUCUUCUUGUUUCUCUUGAAAUAACUUCCUUAUUCAACUUAAAAUAAUUCUUUAAAAACUGUGGUACAUUAUUAUUUAAACACCUCUUCAAUAAACCUAAAAUAUGAGCGUUACGGCGAUCUUCUAAACUCUGAAAUUUAAGAUAGUCGGUGGAUGUUGUACCACAUUUAGAUUUACGUAUAAUUUUCGAGGCCCGCCUUUGCAAAGAUUCAAGACUUUUCAUAUCUGCUUUAUUGCAGCUGGACCAAACAACAUCGCAAUAAUCAAAAAUGCGCAAAAUUAAUGAAUUAUACAUCUCGAAAGCUGCAUGUAUAGUGAUAUUCCUUCUAAGGCGCCCUAAGACACCAACUCUUUUACCCACCUUAGAAAUAACAUAACGAACAUGGUCUUUCCACGUAAGACUAUCGUCAAGAACGAUGCCUAAAUACUUAAAAUCAUAAACUCUAUUAAUUUCAUAAUCACCUAUUUUGAUAGCUACUGUGUCAAUAGCUUUAGAAAGCCUAGCAUCAGUUCCAAAAAUUAUGACAAGGCUAAAGAGUAUCUCGAACAAGCAGUUUUGAUAACUGAACAAAUUGGUGACAUAAAUGGAGUGGUCGCUUCGUGCAGAAUGUUUGGAACCGCGCUUCAUUUUCUUGAUGAUUAUUCAAAGGCUAGAGAAUAUCACAAGAAAGCUGCAUCAGUCAAGAGAUUGGAGACAUUUCAAUGGAAAUAGGUGUCGUUUCUGGAAUCGCAACUAGUGUUUGAGGGCAAAAUAGAGAAAGCUAGCUCCUAUCUUUUGGCUAGUAAUAUUGCUAAGUUCGAGAAUGUAGGAAGUUCCCUUAAAGGUAACAUCGAAAGUCAGUUAAAGAUAUCGUUAUUUGACCAGCAUGUUCUUGAAUACUGCUCUCCAAGUGCCUUGUUUUGCAGUAGAAAUAAUUGUGUCAAAGGUCUUCACGUUGUUGAGCUUGGACGAGCCAGAGCCCUAGCAGAUUCAAUGUCAUGCAGCUCAGUGCUACGUAAAAAACGAAGUAUAUGCUAA